CUGGACAAGUGGCUCUGGUAUGCACGCUUUUUCAAGACGCGGGGGCUCGCGCAAAAGGCCUGCGAAGCCGGACGCAUUCGCGUCAAUGGCCGCCGCAUCACAAAGGCGCACCGGACAGUCGGUCCCGGCGACGUGCUGACCUUCGUGCAGGGGAGGAUGGUGAGAAUCGUACGGAUCCUGGAAGUGGCCGAGCGGCGCGGAUCUGCGCCCGAAGCGCGGCAACUCUACGAGGAAAUCGAGCAGGAGUAG